CGUGAAGUGUCGCUCGAUCGGAAAAUAUAACAGUGGGCGAGGAAAAAUCUCGGAAUACGCCGAAAAACUUAACCGAGGUUGGGAGGCAAGAAAUUCUCCCAAGUUUAGUUUAGUGGGGAAUCGGUCGAGAAUUUCAGAGUUAAAAUCAAAAGUCUGUGGAGGGUUUCUCAUGGAAAGUACUCAUAAUGAGGGUAUUCAUUUCGGGAUCAUCUCGACACCAAGAAGGGCAAGCUCGUGGCAAACUGGACCAAGGAUGGAUAUUCCUGAAGGAGCAGUUGUACAGCCACAUAAAAAGAAGCCUGAGGACCCCCCUUUCCUGACCGUUGGUACUGAGGUGUCAGCCAAGUACAAGGGUGCUUUCUGUGAGGCAAAGGUCCACAAGGUUGUCAAAUCAGUCAAGGUUAAAGUAACCUUUAAACUAGGCUUAGGCUCAGCUGUUGUACCUGAUGACUUGGUUAAAGGUGUUUUGAAAAUUGGUGCCCAAGUCAAAGCGAGCCAUCCAGAUAAAAAUCAGUUUGUAGAUGCCAUUGUGAACAAAAUUCAAGACUGCAGUCAGUAUACAGUUGUCUUUGAUGAUGGUGACAUAACAACACUCCGCCGAACGUCCCUGUGCCUGAAGAGUGGAAGGCACUUUGCUGAGAGUGAGACCCUAGACCAGCUGCCUCUCACUCAUCCAGAGCACUUUGGCACCCCUGUGGUUGGUGGAAGGCGAGGGCGCAGGUCUAGACCAAACGCAGAUGGUGAAGAUUCUGGAGAAGAGGAUGAUGAUGUCCACAAGAGGCAUCGCUCGAGACGUGAGGAGUGGGAGUCGGAUAUUGGCAAAGUUGUUUGUGUGGAGCUCGGGGACAAGAAAAAGCAGAAAGACAACUGGUUCCCAGGGCUUGUGGUUGCUCCAACAGCCCAAGACUCUGUCAAGAUUGAGACCAAAAAGGACUACCUGGUCAGGUCAUUUCAGGAUGGAAGAUAUUACACGGUACCAAAGAAAGAAGCUUCGCCAUUUAGCCGUGAGGUCGGGAGCAAGGUUUCUCAGAGUGCUCUCAAGACGGCCGUAGAAAAGGCCCUGCUCUUCAUGACAAACGAUGAGCUGCCACCCCAUUGGGACCGCGAUCUUCUCUUUGGCACAAACGUUUCUGACGAUGAUUCAGAUAGGGACGGGUCGGACUCUGAUAGCUCUGAUGACGAGCCAAGAGAAGAGAAGGAUCAUUUUGUUGCACAACUGUACAAGUUCAUGGAGGAGUGUGGAACCCCAAUCAAUAGUGGACCAACUGUAGGGAAUAAGGAUUUGGACUUGUACAAGCUUUUUAAGGUGGUUCAGAAAUUGGGAGGCUUUAACCGCGUAAUGAACCAGAACCAGUGGAAAGUAGUAUCCAAUAAAAUGCAACUUCAGUCUCUUGGCUCCCAGGCUCCAAACCACAUCAAAGCUGCAUAUAAGAGAUAUCUCCAAAGUUUUGAGGACUUUUACCGUAAGUUGGGGUGCACAAUGGUGAGCAAUCCACGUGGUUCAAGGACGAGGCACCGCUCGGGUAGAAGCUUGAUCAGGGACUGUGACCGAACGCCCAGGGCUUCCAAGAAAAAAGAUAAUGACAGCUGUGAGUCGACAGAAGAUGAGAAUGAGAAAAAGGAGGAAGAGGAGGAGGGCAAGAAAGGAGAGAAAAGAAAAGGGGAGAAGGAUGAGAGCAAGAAAGAGUCUGAGAAGAAGGAGCCAGAAAAGAAGGAAGUUGAUAAAAAAGACAAUGAAAAGAAGAAGGAAGACUCAAAAAGUUCAAGAAAUGUAAAACAAGAGAGCAAAUCUCAGAAUUCCCCUGAGAGAGAGUCAACAGGAGCCAAAGAGAGAUCACGAGAAGCUGCAGGGAGCCGGGAGAGGUCACGGGAGCCAGCCAUGACAAGGGAGCGAUCAAGAGAGCCUGUGGUGAUGCGGGAGAGGUCUCGUGAACCAACUGCAGGGAAAGACAAGUCACGGGAUUCAUCAUCGACUAGCAAAGAGCGGAAUCGCACAGACACUAGUGGAAAGGACCAGGCAGCCAGUGAAGUGGGGGUGAAAGAACGUGGAAGGGAGCCACGUACACCCCGCUCGGAGGCUAAGAACCGUGCAGCCAAGGCCGAGGCAGUGGAGGUAAAGACUCGUUCCAGCGCUAAGGAGGAAAAGCAAGAAGUUACCCCAGAGGUCAAGACACGUUCCAGCACUAGGGAGGAGAGGAAGGAGGAGAAAAAAGAAAAGGAAGUCAAAGAGGAGAGUGACAGUGAAGAAGAAGAGAUUGAAAUGGCUCAAACAAGAUCCUCCAGGCAUCGGGAGGAGAGCCGUGAGAAGGAUGAAUCAACCAAGAAGACAGCCACCCCAACCCGUAAGACCAAGAAUGAGCGAGCGGCCAUAGCCCUCAUCUGUGUGAAGACUGAGGAUGACACAGAGGGUGAUGAUGAAACGGCCUCUUCGUCCUCGACCACACCAACCCCAGUCAGCUCAACACAUUCGGGUGCCUCUGUAGCAGCAAGCCCUGCCAGUGAGAAAAAAGCAAGCAAAAACAAGAACAAAGGUCAGAAGGUAGUGACAGUUUCAACACCAGCACCAAUCACAGCAGAAGACUCUCCUGGGGCCAAGAAGAGAGGACGCAAGAAGAAGAUUGAAGGAGAAGUGGAGCCACCUAUGAUUGACCGAUCAAACUCUCUCCCCUCCAGGGGCAAGGCCCUUCUCCCAGCUCAUGUCCCCGUUAGUGUUGGAGACAAAUUGCGUGUUCUAUAUGGACCCAAUGCCAAAGAAUCAAAAGUGACCUACGAAGCUAAGGUGCUAGAAGUUGAAGAGGAAGGAAAUGCGCCCAUGUACUACGUCCAUUACCUUGGCUGGAACAACAGGUAUGAUGAGUGGAUACGAAGGCCUUGCAUUGCAGAGAAUCUCACAUGGUCCCAGAAUAGGGUAAGGAAGGGAAGAGCGGCAGCAACUAAGGAGUUGAAAGAGAAGAAGGAGAAGGAAAAGGAAGUAAAAGACACCAAGGACACAAAGGAAACCAAAAAGGAAGAUAAAGAACAGGUCUCAACAGCCUCCUCCCCAAAGACAAGUGCUACCAAGCGUGGCCGGCCCCCUGGUGGAAUGCGUGAGCGGCGUGAGAGUGACCGUAGUGAGCGGAGUGAUACCAGUGGCACAAGCAGUGUCUCAGGCCCUAGCACAAGAGCAGCGCGUGAGAGGCAAGUGCAGCAACCAGACAGUCCAUCACCCAGUGAGCAGAGGCGACCACGUCGCAUUGGAGGAGGAAUAGGUGGAGGAAGCACACUUGACACAACAGAAAGUGAUAGCGAGGAGUAUGAAUCUGAUGCUGACACUAGCUCUGAAAAGUCCCGCACCAGAUCAAGCACAGAAAAGGCUCCAGCCACUGCAUCUAUAUCUGCUCCAUCUACUCCCGUGUCUGAACCUUCUACUACUGUGAGUACUGUGUCGGAAAAGACUGUAAAAGAGACACCAACAAAGGUGCAAGUGGUAGAGGUAAAGGAAGAGAAGGUGGAGCAGGAGCCAUGUGGGAAGGACAUUGAUCUGAAUGCCAUUAUAUCUGAGAUGAAGGGUUUAGAUAAACCAAUAAAGAAAGAAGAGGACCGUGUAGUUGUAAAGGAUACAGCUCCUAGAAUACUAUCUCCAGUGAUGCAGACAUCCUUCACCACUCCUGAGAAAAAGACUCCUGAGUUGCAAGCCAAGAAAGUCCUGGAGAUUACCCCUAAAAAAACAGUCCCAGAAUCUCCAGGGAAAAACAUCACCCAAGAUCCCGUGAAACUACUCUCUCCAAAAGCUGAGUCUUUGGAAGAUGAUGUGUAUGAAUUCAAAGAGCCAGAGCCUUUUGAUUUUGGAGAGAUUCGUGCCAGGAAGGACACACGAACCAAAGCAAGCAUGGGGGCCCUAGCAUCAGAUGAAGCUGAGGCAGAUACCAAAGUCAAGAAGAAGGGUCGACCAAGAAAGGAUGUAAAGGAGGGAGAGGGUGACAAGACUGAGUCUGACAGUGACACUGCCCCAAGCCCUCAGAAGAGAAUAAUGCUUCCCAGGGAGGCCAGAGAGUCACCUGUCAAGUGGCCAAUUGGUGAUUUGAAGGAGGUGCCUCCCCAGCCAGAAGUCAGUACAACACCAGAGAAAAAAGAAGCAGUUUCAGUAACCACUAUUAUUUCCCCUGUUCGUAAGGUCUUAAUCAAAAGAGACACACCAGUCAAGAGCGAACAGACCACAGUUCAGCCCACAGAAGUCAAGGUGAGCAAGCAAGAAUCGCCAAAGUGUCCAUCUCCAAAGCAGAAUCAGCAGGAAAUCCCGGCACCAAGUUUGCCAAUGAAAGAACCAGUAAGAAUCAAUGUCACACAAAUAAAAGCCAAGCCGGUGAAUACCAGCGACAGAGGCAUAGCUACCCCCAAGCCAAGUGGACCUACAUCUCACUUACUUGCUCAAGCUGUAAUGCCUGUAAUUGAAUCUAAAGCUCUUGCUAAGCCUGUUCCUAAGCCAACAUUUGAUGCCAAAGUGGACAAACCUCCACCUUCUGUCAAGUCUGAAGACAAAGUUGAGGCCAAGGUUAUUCCCUUUUCCCAGAGACAGCAACAUAUAUUCCCACAUCUCCUGAACCGGCCAGAGACCAGUGAUAAGGCAAAGGAUGUACCACAACGAAUUACAGCUUCU